UAAUUCAAUCUUUCGGAUCAGACACCAACACUAUCAUCGUAUUUAAUUCCCUCAACAGAGUUGGGAAAGUUUUGCCUGUCGUACUUUGUAACUAUUUCUGAUCAGUUUUUGUCUUUGAAAAAUGGCGGAAUUCCAGCACCAAUAUGGUGAAGUUCGCUAUGACAAAUACGGUAACCCAGUUCCCCAAACAGAUCAGUAUGGCAACCCAAUCAGUCACUCUGGUAGUACCGACGUGUACGGCGUUGGACAGCAGCACCACCAGGGCCAGGGAAUUACCGGCGAGCUUCACCGUUCUGGUGGCUCAUCCAGCUCUUCAGAAGAAGAUGAUGAACAUGGUGGGAGAAGGAAGAAAGGACUGAAGGAAAAGAUAAAGGAGAAGCUUCCUGGCCAUAAAAAAGAUAGGCCCCAUGCGACCUCUACUACUACACCAGGUGGCUACAGUUCAGCAGAACAACACGGUCAUGAGAAGAAGGGGGUAAUGGAAAAGAUCAAGGAGAAGCUUCCCGGCGGUCACCGCGACGAACAACAGCAGCACUACCCUGAGCAGAACAUACAGCAUCGUAACUACUAGUUCUUAUUUGGGACCUAUAUGUAUAUGCACAUAUUAUAUAGUUGGCAAUAAGUUCGGGUUCUCUUUCUUAUGCUAAGAAAGAUGCAGCCGGCGUAUAAUUAUGGUAAUUUGUAUACUUUGUAGCUUUCGUUUGCAUUUUACCGUUAUUGGGUUGGUUUCGUGUA